ACAGACUUUUUGGCUACUACCAUCCGAAGCACAGCAACUACUCUGACUUCCCUAUGGGUGCAUGGGCUGCUAACCGCGCACAGGGUAUCAGAAACUACCCCUACUCUCUCAACGAUACCAUCAACCCAUCGACCUACCAGACUCUGGACAAGCCCGGCUACUGGGGCGUCCACGCCAUUGGUGAAGUCUGGGCUCAGAUACUCUGGGUCGUCGAGCAGCGUCUCAUUGCCGUACAUGGCUUCAGCGAUGACUUGUUCCCCCUGCACCCUUGGCUGACGGUACUGUCCCCGAGGGCGAGUUCUACCGACCCCGUGUUGGCAAGAAACCUUUGGUGCCCAAGCAUGGUAACACAUUGAUCGUCCAGCUCGUUAUCAACGGAAUGAAACUUCAACCCUGCCGACCGGGCUUCUUCGAGGCUCGUGAUGCGAUCAUUCAAGCUGAUGAGCAGCUCACUGGGGGAGAGAACUUCUGUACGCUGUGGAAUGCCUUCGCGG